ACAAUUAUAACAUAUGUUUUUACGAACACACGUGUGUUGUGUUUGAUUUGUGUACGGUUGCGCCAUUAAGCAAUUCGAAUGAAACAAAAACAGUGUAAAAACAGGGCGCAGCCCUACAAGAAAGCAGCACCCCGCCGAAAUGAAAGGUUCUCAAAAAACUAUAGUUUCAUACAGAGGAGCAAGCAAAUGGAAGAGUCGCACCGCAGGGAAAGAUUUCCGAAUGCCCCGAAACAAGAAUAUGAGCCCGUGGCAGAGCUCUUGCCAGAUAUUCAGGACAAUGUAGAUGAGGCUGGAUUCUACGAACAGCUCGUGACUGGCUUUAAUCACAUUCCCCCAAGUCAGUUUGUUGGCUCAAAUAUUGAUGAUGAUGACCCAAUUGUUCCUGCGCCCAGAAAGAUUAAGCCCAAAAAGAAAAAGCCUUCUGAAAAGAUAAGCGCUGAUUUGGAGACAUACAAUUCAUUUUCAAAACGCUUUGAUUUUGAAUUGUCCCCGGACAAUAUUAACGAUUUGAUUGCUGGAAAAGAUGUGAAAACCAUUAAAAGCAAUUGGUCCGCUUUAGGGAAUGUAAGAUUUGAGAUUCCACAACUGUCUGACGAUUUCAAGGAACUAGAUUGCAGUGAACCCAAAGACAUAGUCAGUUCCUCAGAUCUCCAAAAGUUGGAAGUCAAAGUGUCCAUUUGUGGAAAGAUCAAGCUUCCAUUGAAUGCCUUGCAGUCUCAACUGUUCUACAUUGCGAAUAAUUAUCAAGAUAUUUAUUACCCCCAUCGAACACAUGGUAAUGCCGAGAACAUCCGCUAUGUAUAUUGCCUUCACGCCCUAAACCACAUGUUAAAAGUCAGAUCCCUGAUAUUGCGCAAUAAUGAAAAGGUCUCGGCCCUGGCGAAGUCUCAAAAAGUGUCGCCCAACGAAAUCUCCAUACCAGAAAGUUUUAGAGACCAAGGACUGAAGCGGAUGAAGGUGGUCUUUAUGGUGCCGUUUAGGGAAUCUGCACUCAAGAUAGUAAAUAUAAUCGGGGAUUUACUAUUUGGCAGUCAAGAUGAUCAGUCCAGGAAAACCUCAAUUGCCAACUAUGAAAGCUUUCUCGGAGAUUAUUCCGGUAACACGAUAUAUUUCCCAAAAACAAAUCCUAAGCCAGUGGAUUAUGAGCAGACCUUCAGUGGCAACACAGAUGACAAUUUUAAGCUCGGCAUUCGUUUUACCAAGAAAACCAUGUCUCUUUUCUCCGAUAUGAACACUUCAGAUAUAUUGAUUGCUUCUCCUUUGGGACUUCGAAUGUUGGUUACUGACAAGGAUAAUGAUUUUGAUUUCUUAAACUCAAUUGAAAUGCUUAUAAUCGACCAAGCAGAACUGUUUCUGGCGCAGAACUGGGAGAAUCUCCUGCACUCUUUAGAUCACCUUCAUUUGCAGCCCCAAAAACUGCCUGAUACGAAUUGCCAAAGGGUCCGAACUUGGUGCCUGAGUGGAGCUACAAGUUUUUACCGUCAAACCUUGUUAUUCUCAUCCCACGAGCUCCCAGAAUUUCGGGCAGUGCUUAAUAGUAAAUGCAAAAAUUACCAAGGAAAGGCUAGAGUCGCAAAUCUUGUCGAGCAUGGAGACAUCCGAAAUGUACUGACACCAAUUCAGCAGGUUUUCCGCCGAAUCAGUUGUUCUAACGUGGAAUCAACAUUCGACGAUCGUUUCCAGUACUUCGUAAAACAUGUUAUGCCUCAAUUCAGUAAACCUGGGUUCUCGCAUUGCAUGCUAUAUGUGCCCAGCUACUUUGACUACGUACGGAUACGAAAUCAUUUCAAAACCGAAAUGGUCAGUUUUGUUCAGAUCAAUGAGUAUACAAAGAAAGAAAAAAUAUCCCGGGCGAGAGAUAUAUUCUUCCACAGCGGAGCAUCUGUUCUACUGUACUCGGAAAGAGCGCACUUCUUCCGGCGCACUCGUAUUAAGGGCAUCCGGAAUUUGAUUAUGUACCAACCGCCGAACUUUCCUAACUUUUAUUCUGAAAUUAUCAAUUUGAUGCUGGAGUCCAAUCAAAACCCGCGAGAUGGAUUUGGGCAGGAAAUGUCCGUUAAUAUACUGUACACAAAAUACGAUCUGUUAAGUCUAAGUAACAUUGUUGGGAGCGAAAACGCUGUUAAAUUGACUUCAGGGAAAAAAGAAUCUUACCUAUUUUCUACUAAAACGUAAAUGCCUUGCGGAGAAGACUUUGAAAAAUGUACAUAUUUCAUUUUGUAUAAAAAUAUAAUAUUUUUUUAACAAAGUAAA